CCUUUCAUAAAGGCAAUCACUCACACACAGGGAGAAAGCAUCAGCUGAUGCAUCCUCCCCGCCCCCUUUCCCUUUUAUAUAGCUCCUUCCUAUUUACUUGAGGCACGUUUCUGAAGGGCAAAUCAGCUUGGACCCCAACUUUCAGAACAGCAGAGAACAGACCGCCAUCAUGAGUGAGGUCAACAAGAAUUCUCUGGAGAAGAUCCUUCCACAGCUGAAAUGCCAUUUCACAUGGAACUUACUUAAGGAAGAACAUGUCUGGCAUGAUCUAGAAGACAGAGUGUGUAACCAGACUGAACUUUUAAACUCUGAGUUCAAAGCGACAAUGUACAACUUGUUGGCUUACAUAAAACAUUUAAAUGGUCAAAAUGAGGCUGCCCUGGAAUACUUACAGCAAGCUGAAGAGUUUAUCCAGCAAGAACACACUGACCAGGCAGAAAUCAGAAGCCUGGUUACCUGGGGAAACUAUGCCUGGGUCUAUUAUCACCUGGGAAGACUCUCAGAGGCUCAAAUUUAUGUAGACAAGGUGAAACAAGUAUGUGAGAAGUUCUCAAAUCCUUACAGUAUUGAGUGUCCGGAGCUUGACUGUGAAGAAGGAUGGACACUGCUAAAGUGUGGAGGAAAACAAAUUGAAAAGGCAAAGGUGUAUUUUGAGAAGGCUCUGGAAGAGAAACCCGACAACCCAGAAUUCUCCUCUGGACUGGCCAUCGCAAUGUACUUUCUGAAUGGCAAACCAGCGCAGCAGUCCUCCGUGGAUAUUCUCAAGGAGGCCAUUGAGUUGAGCCCUGACAAUCAGUAUAUCAAAGUUCUCUUGGCCCUGACAUUGCAGAAGAUGAAUGAAGAAGCUGAAGGGGAAGAGUUGGUUGUAGAGGCCCUGGAAAAAGCUCCUCGCCAAACAAAUGUCCUCCGCAGUGCAGCCAAAUUUUACCGAGUAAAGGGUGAUCUAGACAAAGCUAUUGAACUAUUUCUAAUGGCACUGGAAUCCACACCAAACAAUGGCUACCUCUAUCACCAGAUUGCAUGCUGCUAUAGGGCAAAAGUCAAACAACUUCUGGAUGCAGGAGAAUCUGAAGCUAGCAGGAAUAGAGAGAUAAUUGAAGAACUACGGAAAUAUGCCAAGGACUAUGUGAAUAAAGCUAUUGAAAAGGGACUAAAUCCUCUGUAUGCAUAUUCUGAUAGCACUGAGCUCCUGGAAAUAGGAGAAUGUCAUCAGACAGCUUUCAGUAAGGAGCUCCCCAGCACUGAGGCGCAACAACUUCAUCAGCGCUCUUGCAACUCUCAGGAGUAUCACGAGAAGUCUGAAGACACUGCAGUCCGACAGUCUUUAGAGAAUUUGUCCAUAAACACGAAAUCAACUGAGAAGGAAAAGAUGAAAUACCAACUACAGAAUGGAGCUGCAAAUCAGCUUCCACAAAGAGCACCAAAUUCAUGGUAUCUCCAAGGAUUAAUUCACAAGAUGAAUGGAGACCUGCUGCAAGCAGCCUCAUGCUAUGAGAAGGAACUGGGCUACCUACUAAGGAACAGCCCUUCAGGCAUAGGCAGCAUUUUCCAGUCAGCAUCUGAGCUGGAAGAAGGCACUGAGGAAAUGGACCAGGGUGCAGAUGGCUCUACUCUCAGGGAGCUCCCUGACCCUGGGACCAGGAAGGAGAGGAAAGGAACAGAGAGUCAGGGCGCCUGGAAUAGUGGCUGAGAAGGGGAGGAGAGUGGGAAGGCAGGAGUUCCCCAGUCUGAACUUGCCAAGCAAGAGGGUCCUGCUUGUUGCUUUGAGGCACAUUUUUAGAGAGCUGUUUUCUCAUGUCUGUCUUCCCUGUCCUUAUCAGCCACUACACAGUUCUCUAGUCUGCAGGUUUUAGAAUGAACUACUACUAGAAUCAGUGCUUCAGGUCUGCAUGAUGCACUCAGUUCUCCAGAAAGCCUUUAUUUCUGCCCUUCUUGCCAAGGUCGUAACUGGAGAUUGCCAACAAACAGAAUCUCAUGUCUUUCACCCAACUGUUCUCCAGCCUUCUGCGCCUUCUGGAAGACUAGCUUUUGGGGAACCCUGGAAUAUUCCCUAAGUCUUAUCCUUGGCUUCAGCCAUGUACGUAUAUGUAUUUUUGAUAGUGAUACUACAAUAAAUAUUCUUACAGUAAUGCUACAAUAAAUUCUAAAAUUUCAAUUCAGAA